UUUGCGUGCAGGAACAGCACAGUUUUCUCUUGCUAUCAUCUCGCUUCGGAUACAGCCAGCAAGCAGGAAGGAAGGAUGAAAGUCUUGGCCAUUGUAUUACUGGUAGCUUCGGCUUCAGCCGCCCCUCAAUUAGGACUUGGAGGCCUCGGAGGAGACCUUGGAGGAGGUGGUCUUGGUGGACUUGGAGGCCUUGGAAGUGGUCUCGGAGGAGGUGGACUUGGAGGCCUUGGAAGUGGUCUAGGAGGAGGUGGACUUGGAGGCCUUGGAAGUGGUCUUGGAGGAGGUGAUCUUGGUGGACUUGGGAGUGGUCUUGGAGGAGGUGGACUUGGCCAAGGACUAGGAGGUCUUGGAGGACUUGAAGGAGGUGGACUUGACCAAGGACUAGGAGGUCUUGGAGGACUUGGAGGAGGUGGACUUGGCCAAGGACUAGGAGGAGGUCUUGGAGGACUUGGAGGAGGUGGACUUGGCCAAGGACUAGGAGGAGGUCUUGGAGGACUUGGAGGAGGCCUUGACGGAGGUGGACUUGGCUUUGGUCGUUAAACGUGGCUCAGGUUUGGCAGCUGCUCAACUUUCAAAAUGUGAUAAAUACAAUAAUGGGUUUUAAAUUUGCCCAAAUACUACUGAGAUUCUGAAAGACAAAUUUUAUUAUAUUAAUUUUCAUAUAUUUUAGGCCAAAUACCAAGCAUAUUAUCGAAAUUUCACCUAGAUGUUUUAUUGAAAAUAGUAUUAAUAUUUGUUUAGACUUAAAGGAAACUGAUUAUUAGGUUUUCGAGUGUCAUAUAUUUGUAAUGAUGUCUUGCUCCUAACCUCCUGUGAACUUUAAAGAAUUAUUUUUUUAAAAUACAUCAGUAUUUAUUAUA